AUGGGGAGUCACGCGUCUGACGAGAAAAUCUACCUCUUAGGCCGAGAUGAGGCCGAGACCGAACGGUAUGUUUUCUCCAUGAAGUUCUCUACUCAGCGCAUUAAAUCCCGUGAUACCCACGAGGAGAAAAUACUCAUCUCCGUUGGCGCCGAUACUAUUCCACAACCUUCCUCCCCCUAUUCCCAUUCCUUGAAGUUUCCCACGUUGCCAGAGUCCCACACCUUCUCCCCACUGCGUUCCAAGGUGCCGGGCCGUCAAACCCCCUGUCGGGGCUGUCACAAAGCUCCUCGGGACUUGGAUGGGGCCAUGCAAGUCCCGACAGUUCGGCAUCCAAUCCACGCCACGCCCACUUUUCUGGACGCCGUUUCGGCCCAUCGCUUUUUGCUGGCAAUUUCCGGAGACGAAUUGAUUCAUCCUUCGAUACCCAAGGAGGAGAUUACGGCGGUCGCAGAUCUCGGCACGGGCACUGGAAUCUGGCUAGAGGACCUCGCCACGAAAUUCCCGAAUCCAUCCUCCCUCGAACUACACGGCUUCGACAUCUCCCCCGCCCAAUUUCCCACCGCACACGAAAUCAUAGGUCCAGGAAAGACACGAAUCCCACUCUCCGUCCACGAUGCCUUGCAACCAUACCCGCCCGAGCAUAUCGGGCGCUACGAUCUCGUACACAUCCGGCUUUUGACGGCAGGUCUCAAGCAAGGUGACUAUGCCGUGGUAUUAAAGAACGCACGAGAAUUAUUGAAACCUAACGGCUACAUCCAAUGGGAAGAAGUCGACACAACUGUAUUUGUCACAAACGCCACCCCCGAACUCCCCGCAAUAACAACAAUGCGCAACACCGUCAUCGACGCCAUGCUCAAACUCGGUCUAUGGCCGUUCGCCCCACCAAAAGUCUACGACGUGAUUCGCACCGGCGGAUUCCACAAUAUCCACAAAGAGAUAUACACCACCGAAGGCAAGGAGCAUCUACACAAGAUCGCGCCAAAGUGGGUUGCUGGUGUGAUGCGGGCGAUGGUUCCGCCGUCGAUGCUUGUUUUGGGCCAGGCGGGGAGUGAGGAGGCGGCGAGGGGGAAGGUGGCGGUGCUGAUUGAGGAGUUUGAGAGGCAUUGCCAGGAGGCGCUUGCGUUGGCUUCGUUUGGGGUUUCGGUUGGACAGAGGUGUGAUUGAGAGAGUGAGUGGAAUGUGUAUUCAUGACGUUUAUGUAUUGACUCCGACGAUGCGAAGCUGUAAAUAUGAG